AUGCUUACAUUUGUUUAUGCUUUUUGAGUAGAACUUGGUCAUGUAUUCAGCUGUUUUAAGCUUCUGUUCUGUUCAUUUUUCACUUCUUCCUCUUUUUCAUUUUUUUUUCCCUCUCUGGUAUUGUUCAUUAUGUUUCUACUUCCUAUUUCUGAUACGCAUUUGAAAGCUACCACAUUUCUUUCAGUACUUUUCACAGAUAUUACAAUCAUCCAAGUUCUGGCAAGUUCAUCUUGAUACUAAAAUGUCAGAUCCAAACAACAGAUUUGAAGAUUUCUUUUAUUUUGAUAGUCAACUGUGGUUUCAGUGAUCCACCUGCAUACUGCAGACCAGUGUUGUUACAUGAAACACUCAUCAUGAAUCAGUGAAGGAUCCAAGACCUGCUUUUUGUUUCAAAUAACCUAAAAAUAAAAGCAUUUUUAUUUAGUUAUCUUUUAGUUUCUUAACUUAGUUUUAUAUUAUCAAAACCAAGUAACUCAACUCAUUUCUUAAAAAAACAUGAAUGCUUUAGUUUUUAUUUUGUCUACUUGUCAUCCUAAUAUGAAUCUUUGUUCCGUCCUGUGCUUUUUGCACCCUGCCAGGAACUGAAAAUGAAGCACUCACACAGGAAAUGCGGUCAGGCUUUGUACCGGAAGCCGUGUUACACGACAUGACGGCAAUAAUGAAGGCAAAAUUCGGAAGAUAAAUAUUGGCUGAAAAGAAGUGGGUAAAGUGGAGAUCAAAUUUAAACAGCAGAAUGUAAGCUAAUAUAUAUUACUUGUCAGAAUCAACUGCUGCAUUGCAAAUGAAACUUUUGCAGUUUUUAAAGUAUCAGUGUGGCAGAAGGGUUAUGGACGGUGUUUGCAACAUACACAGAAGUUAAAUUUGCUCAGUAACAGUGUGACUAAAGUGAUAAACUCCAGACUGCUCACCAAAAAACCCUCCUCUUGUCACCAUCGUCCUUCAAUUUUUCACUGUACACCUCUCAUGCCGCUGUCACUCAGUCUUUGCUCACAGUUUGUGGUCAGGAAGUUCUUCUCUGACAUUUCACUGACAAUGUGUUCCACAGCAGUGGCACGCCAAGAGGAGGGUUUUCACAUCAAAAGAAUUACUACAAAAAAAUGGACCAAAUCUGGAUUAUAUAGCAGCACAGUUGUGGAGGCUCAUGCUCAAUGGUGUGUGUUGCAAUUUCCAGCCAUGUGAUUCUGCAGAUGUGAAAGAACUGAAGACAGAGUAGAAGGAUUCUGCACACGAGCAGUUCGGCACUAACAACGAGAUCUAAUGGAAAACAGAAGAGGAUACCCAAAUAUAUAAUAUCCUAUCCCAUUGAAACAGAGGACUGAAGAAAAAGACUCAGAGUGUGAGGCAGACUCCUGCGUUUUAUAUAGAACCAAAAGAAAAAAAGGAGGAGGUCAGCAGUUAUCUCAAAGGACAGGAAGAGCCAAAAGGAGAAGAAACUUCAACAAAGGGUGUUGAGACUGAACAAGACAUUGAUAAAACACUGAGUGAGAGUACAUCUCAGGACUUUCCCAGCUUCCAGGUGGACUUUACAGCUCAUGUAAACCCAGAGAGUGGAACAGGAGGAGAUCAGACAGGAAGAGCUUGAAAGAGGAGAAACUGAAGCAAAAACUGUUGAAACUCAGUCCGACUCAAUCAAAAUACUUGUUGAGUGGGUUCAAAGCUCCAAGAAUGAGGUGGACUGUUUUUGGACAGAAACAGAGGAAAAGCCAACAGACUGGACUGGAAGAAUCAACAUCAGAAUAACGGAGCCGGUAAUGAAGAAAGUGAGGAGCCACAGUCCUUCAGCUGAGUCAGAGAGGUAGGAGCUCAGAUACCUGCAUUCAGGAGCUGAAGAAAACCGAAGGAUACCAGAACCAAUGCAGUUCAGACUGAAGAGGCAUGAUUGUGUGGAGAUGUAGAUCAGGAUGUGGAGCCUGAAAAGCCAAAUGAUGCAGAAAGCAUAAAAAUAAAUAUUGACAAUUGCAGAAGAGAGCACAGAAAGCACACAACAUCAAGCAGAGGUGCUGGGAAAUCUUGAUGGGACAAACCGUGUAGAGUAACUUCAGAGUUCCCAAACAUUUUUUCAGGGGAUCAAGAGGCUUCAGUGAAGCCUCAGCAGAUUGAGUCUUAGACAUGAAUGAAGAGUCUGGACUCGUGGAGGUGCCUCCUCACACUGACGAAUGUGAACAGUUGGAGCAACAAGAAGAGCAAGAUGUGGAGCUUAGAAACCAACUUACACAAUCAGAAAACCAACAGCAUCUCGAGGAGACAGUUGGUGUGGACCCACAAGGGACAGAGGAGGUAGAGAAAAUGCAACCGGUGGAGGAAACGUUAGAUUUACCAACGCAGAUGUGCUCAGAGCGGCCAGAGCAGCCAGAGCAGCCAGAGCAGCCAGAGAGGACAAGUGAGUCAGAAUUGAAAGAACAGCUGUCUCCUGAGCCUGAGGUCACACAGCAGAUACAGAUACAGGACGUCAUCCUAAAACAGGCCGAUACAACAGUAGGUGAGUCACAUCAAGCUGAAGAGUCAGAGGUUACUGACAAUGAAGAUGUAAAAAAACCUGAAGCCAAUGGAGAACAACACAAAGCCCCAGGAUCGGCUUUUAAGAAUGGAAAAGUGGACAAAGCCAUGGCCAGGAGCCUGGCUGAACGGCUCUUCAACCUGGACAGAAUACAACGUGCAGACGUGGUGAAACACUUAGACAAAGAUAAUGAUUUUAGCCACGCUGUUGGAGAAGAAUAUCUUCAAUUCUUUGACUUCACUGGGCAAACUCUGGACCAAGCUCUUAGGUCAUUCCUGAAGGUGGUGUUACUGAUUGGAGAGAGCCAGGAGAGGGAACGUGUCCUGCAGCACUUCUCUUCACGCUUCCUGCAGUGUAAUCCUUCCACAUAUUCUUCCUCAGGGUCUGUGCUGGCUCUGACAUGUGCCUUGAUGCUUCUCAACACUGACUUGCAUGGACAGCAUGUAGGAAAGCCCAUGUCAUCCUCAAAGUUUGUAUCAAACCUGGAUGGGAUGAAUGAAGGAGGAAACUUCAACAAGGAUCUGUUGAAAAGUUUUUAUAACUCCAUAAAGAAUGAGCCACUGGAGUGGGCCGUUAAUGAAGAGGAGCUGAAGAACAGCGUGAUGUUGGAUGAAAGUGCCGGUGAAAGUGCACCUCUCCGGUCAAAAGCCAACCCCUUCCAGGAUGUCCCCCAGGACAAGAGGGCCUCUGUGGUCGUACAGGGUUUUCUGAAGAGGAAGUUGCACGCCGACAUCGAUGGCAAACGCACUCCUUGGGGCAAAAGAGGCUGGAAGGCUUUUUAUGGAGUCCUAAAGGGAAUGGUCCUGUACUUACAAAAGGGUCAGGACAAUAGCCGUGGGGAUGACAAUGCUUUUGAGGAGGUGGUGAGCGUGCAUCACUCUCUGGCUGAGCAGGCGGCCGAUUACUCCAAGAGCCCACAUGUCUUUCGCCUGCAGACAGCCGACUGGAGAGUUUUUCUCUUUAAAGCUUCUUCCACCGUUGAGAUGAAUUCGUGGAUCAGCCGCAUCAACCUGGUUUCGGCGCUUCACUCCUCCCCGCCAUUCCCGGCAGCUGUGGGCUCCCAAAGGAGGUUCUGCAGACCCAUCCUUCCCGUCUCACAGUCGGUGCAAACUCUGGAAUGCCAGCUGCAGAGUCACACUGGAAUGCUGGAGUCUUUCAAGGCUGACCUGUCACACCAGCAGGAAAAUGCUCCUGAGGGAAAGAAGGCCAAAGCCAAGGACCUGGAGGAACAUCGUGUCAGAACAGAAUACCUACAUCACGAGGUUUGCCGCUAUGAAAUCUACAUCCAAGUGCUGCAAGCUUGGAAGAAAGUGAAGACGUCAGAUCAGAGUGAGCUGAGCAUCAGUGAGCUGAACCAGUUUGACAGAUGUGUGUGCGGGGACUCUGUAGACGACAAGAAAGACGAGGAAAGUGAGCUGCAAAGGUCUCACUCCAGUCCUUCUCUGGAAGUGGAGUUAGCUCCUCCAACGGUCAUCAAAGUCCGGCGCAACAUCUCUGAGAGACGGCCAUACCGCAAGACCAUUGUUCCAAGGAGGACCAAAGAGGCUUGAGACUGUUAUAAAAAAGUCUUAUAUAUGCAUUUAUGCAAAAGGGUGCCCAUAGGUGUGCACUCUUAAAAAAUAAAUAAAAAAAAAAUAAAUAAAACUCAGGAAGACCACAGCUCUCUCAGGGAGGAUGCAAACCUGACAAAUUGAAAUCAUUUCUCAAAACUGCAACAGCCCAAUGUGUGUCUGAACCACUAGAGGGUGCUGUAAAACAGCAUUCGUCUGUAAGAGUCCCGAUGUGCUGCAUCAGCUUUGUUUAAAAUGGCACUUUUUUCAUUCUUUAUAUUGUAUGAAAACAUUUUGUUUACAGUUUUCUGGCAGCAUCUGUGAUACAUUGUUUGUAUAAAUGAAGGAAUAUUUUAUAAAAUGUAAUUUGCUCCACGGUGGUAUUAAAAAACACGAGACAGUUUAUUCAUUUUUUUAAUGAGAGAAAAAAACAGAACUGUCAAACUUAUGUCAAAAAUAAAUCUAGAUUUUGAGCUUGAUUUAUCCUGUUUUCUGUGUAAAAAUGUGCCAUCGAGAUAGUUGCAUUUCCUCUGUUGAUGCACUGAUGGUAUGCUCAAAUGUUUGUUUUAGUUUAAAAACAGCAAAUAAGCAAGAGAUACUUUACAUAACCACGCUGGCCAGUCGAAUAAGGAAAUUCCGCCAAUGUUUCUCAUAAAAAUAAAAAGAUCAUGAGAGCCCAA